AUGGAACAACUCGUCCUGAAGAAAGAUGAUCUCGUAUGCGCAGGCGACAACGAAGGGAAUCUAGUCGCUCUUCCUUCUGAAAGCUGUCGGUGCGACUUUGGGAGUUGUCAAAAGCAAACAGAGGCAAUUACACUCGAGGCAAUAUCGAUGCGAGGCCGCAGGGGUGAUAGAUGGUCAAGUUGCAAUGCCGUAUCUACCAAGAAGGCAUGCGACGAGGAGGAAGGAACCCCCCGUAACAGCGUAAAGACCACUUGCAGCCCAAGUCUUCAGCUAUCUGAGCCGAUGACAGGCGGACUGUCCCUGUGA